AACAGCAGAUUGAUAAGACAAAGAAAGGGGUUGAUUCUCUUGUAUAAUGUGUUUUUUUUUUUUUCCUUUACAGAAUCUUAACGCCAUAAGACCAAGACAAAUGCGAUUGACAGAACCAAAAGUUAAAAUAGGUUUAUAUCCAUAUAUAUAUAUAUAUAUAUCGAAAACCUACUUCUCCACACUUCAUCUCAAAUUUAAAAGCUGUUUUUUUCUUGGUUAACUUCUAAUAUGGAGCUUCAUGGUUCUAAUUUCUCUUCCUUGUGCAUUCUUUUCAUAGCUUUGGCUAAAUUUUUGAACCCUGUAUUUGCUUUGACAAGUUGUGAUUUCCCGGCAAUUUUUAACUUUGGUGACUCGAAUUCGGAUACCGGUGGAAUGCCUGCUGCUUUCAUUUCCCCUAACCCUCCUUAUGGAGAGACUCAUUUUCACGUGCCGGCAGGCAGGUAUUCUGACGGAAGGCUUAUAAUUGAUUUUAUUGCCGAGAGUUUCAAUCUGCCGUAUCUUAGUGCGUAUCUUAAUUCCAUGGGCACAAACUUCACAAAUGGAGCAAAUUUUGCUACCGGCGGAGCCACCAUCAGACUGCCAUCUAGCAUUAUACCUAAUGGUUUAUCCAGUCCAUUCUUUCUUGAGGUGCAAUACCUGCAAUUUAUGCAAUUCAGACUCAAGUCACAAAUCAUAAGGAAACAAGGUACAAUUCCUACUUUGGAGAAACAAUGUACGUCAAUAACAGUUAUAACAAAAAAAAAAAAAAAAAGGACACCAUUAACUUUUUCAUUGAUGAACUUGAAUCCAUAUAUAUAUGCAGGUGGCGUAUUUGCAACAUUGAUGCCAAAGGAAGAGUAUUUCUCAAAGGCCUUGUACACAGUUGAUAUUGGGCACAAUGAUAUUGGAGAUGGACUUUUGACUAAUAUGUCAAUUGAACAAGUGAAUGCAUCUGUUCCAGAUAUGGUCAAUGAGUUUUCAGCAAACAUUUGGAAUUUGUACAACUUGGGAGCUAGAUCAUUUUGGAUUCAUAACACAGGACCGAUUGGUUGUCUUUCUUAUAUGUUGACCAAUUUUCCUGCAGAAAAGGACGAAGCCGGAUGUUUAAAACCUCAUAAUGAAGUUGCUCAGUACUUUAAUUUCAUGUUGAAUCAGUCAAUAGUUCAACUCAUGAAGGAUUUUCCUUUGGCUACUUUUAUAUAUGUUGAUGUCUAUUCUGUGAAGUAUUCUUUGUUCACUUCACCCGCCAAAUAUGGUUUUGAGCUUCCACUUGUAGCAUGUUGUGGCUAUGGAGGAAUGUACAACUUCAACAAUACUGCUCAAUGUGGUGAUACAGUUACAGUAAAUGGCACCCAAAUAGUUGUGGGCUCAUGUGAUAGUCCAUCUGUGCGAGUAAUUUGGGACGGAAUUCAUUAUACUGAGGCUGCCAAUAAGUUUGUUUUCCAUCAGAUCUCAACAGGAGCCUUCUCCGAUCCACCUAUUCCCUUGAACAUGUCAUGCAACAAACAAGUUGGAUGCUAUACAUCUCAUUUACUAAGGAUGCACAUGCACAAAGUUAUGCAAUACUAUAAGUAUAAACUAUUUCUUCUGGAUCUCAAAUGCUACUGCUUUUACUUCCGAAUGGGUUCCUCUUUUUGUAUGUUUCUUGUAACUUUUGCUGUCAUCUUCAACCCCAUAUUUGGUUUGAGAAGCUGCAAGUUUCCAGCCAUCUUGAACUUUGGUGACUCGAAUUCCGAUACCGGUGGAUUGCCUGCUGCCUUCUUUCCCCCGAAUCCUCCUUAUGGUCAGACUUAUUUUCACAUGCCGUCUGGGAGGUACUCUGAUGGAAGAGUGAUUAUAGAUUUUGUUGCUCAGAGCUUCAAUCUCCCAUAUCUUAGUGCAUACCUGAAUUCCUUAGGAACAAGCUUCAGUCAUGGUGCAAAUUUUGCAACUGGAGCGUCCACUAUCAGACUGCCUUUCAGCAUUAUACCUAGUGGUUCAUCCAGUCCCUUCUUUCUUGAUAUACAAUUGUUGCAAUUCAUGCAAUUCAAGAACCGAUCACAAAUUAUUAGGAAACAAGGCGGUGUUUUUGCAAAAUUGAUGCCCAAGAAAGAAUAUUUUCCUAAUGCUUUGUACACAUUCGAUAUCGGUCAAAAUGACCUUCAAGCUGGACUUUUACAAAACAUGUCAUUCGAAGAAGUGAAAGCAUCUGUUCCUGAUAUUAUAAACAAGUUCUCAAUCACUAUUAAGAAUAUAACCAGAUUGGGAGGCAGAUCAUUUUGGAUUCAUAACACAGGACCAAUUGGUUGUCUUCCUUAUAUUUUGACGAAUUUUCCAUUAGCAGAAAGAGAUGGUGCCGGUUGUGCAAAAGAAUUUAAUGAAGUAGCUCAAUAUUUUAAUUUCAAGUUGAAAGAGACGGUGGCUCAACUCAGGGAGGACUUUCCUUCUGCUGCAUUCACAUACGUCGACAUUUAUUCUGCAAAGUACUCUUUAAUCAGUGAAGCAGAAAAUUAUGGAUUUGAGCUUCCACUAGUAGCAUGUUGUGGUUAUGGAGGAAAGUACAACAACAGUAAUACUGCUAGAUGUGGAAGUCCAGCUAUUAUAAAUGGUACCCAGAUACUUAUAAACCAGCCAUGUGAUCGCCUCUCGGCUCGUGUAAAUUGGGAUGGAGUUCACUAUACUGAAGCUGCCAACAAGUUUAUUUUUAAUCAAAUUUCUACAGGAGCAUUCUCUGAUCCACCCAUUCCCUUGAAUAAGGCAUGCCAUAGAACUACAUUUUGAGAUUAACCAAAGAUAUUAUAUUGUUAACGUAAAUUCAUAUAUUAUGUUAAUGGCAAUUUUCUAGGGUCUUGAAUAAAACUAGAAGUAUUCCUAAUACAGUCAAGACUUCAUGUCCAUCGGAUAAAAUCUUUUUUUUUUUUUUUAGAUUCAAGACCAUUUGAGUGUAAACAAAUGAUCCAAUACUUCUAUUGAGAAUGGCUUGCCACCAAUUCCACAUUGUGCA